AUGUUCGGGAGGGGAUUACUAAGGAGAAUCACUGAAAGAAAGCUCAUUUCCAAGUCCUGGACCUCGUCGCUGCCGCAGCAGAAUGUCUGGUCGCCGUACAAGAAAUGGUACGAAUUGAGCCUCCACGAGAAGCAGCUGUUUAUCAGAACGUUUGUGGACAACUACAAGAGGCACUAUCCGGGAUCCAAGACAAACGUGUCGCUGCGAGGGCUGGCCACGGGCAUGGACGCCCACAGCGACUCUCCGUCGGUUUUUGGCGUGUUCUACAACGACAUCUGGGGAACCGUGAGCAGACCCCCGAAGGCUGAGCUAGCCACGAGCAAUAAGCGCAACCGGUUCAACCACCCGAGCUUCUGCACCUUGCUGAUAAAGAAGUAG